UUUGUGAGAGCACAUCAAGAGAAGAAGAAGUUUAUACACUUCAGUGAGCGGAGUCGUCUGCAUUGUGAAGACCGCAGAAAUCUGUCAUCAUGCCGAUGUUUGUGGUGAACACUAACGUGGCUAAAAGCGACGUACCGGCGGCCCUGCUGUCCGAGGCCACGGAGGAGCUGGCUAAGGCGAUGGGGAAGCCCGCCCAGUACAUUGCAGUGCUCAUCAACCCCGACCAGACGAUGAUGUUCGGAGGGAAAGGAGACCCCUGCGCGCUCUGCUCCCUCCACAGCAUCGGGAAGAUCAGCGGGGCUCACAACAAGCAAUACUCCAAACUGCUGUGCGGACUGCUCAACAAACACCUGGGCAUCUCUCCUGACAGGAUUUAUGUUAACUUUUUUGACAUGGAUGCAGCCAAUGUGGCCUGGAACAACACUACAUUUGGCUGAGAUGGAAGGUCGUCACAGAUACUGAAGUUCAUUCCAGAAAUGUCUUGCUUUUAGGGGGUGAAGUUAAUUAUGCUUAAAUGGGGAAGCACUCGAAGGAAAAACUUUGCAACUUAACUAGAUCAAUUUUUGUGUGUGCAUUGCACUGAUUUUUUUGUCCAAUCUAAAUGCAAUAAAGCAAACCUUGUUAAAGAAUAA